AUGCUGCUGAACCAUCCCUGCUGCAAUGACUUGUAUUAUUGCUUCCCCGUUAUACUUCUAAAGAAAGUUUUUGACUUUUGGGACAUACUACAUUGCACCCUAUGGGAGCUCUUGCUGUCUGUGGCUCUUGGCCAGGUUUUGUCCCUUCUUAUCUGUGGUAUUGGCCUGACCAGCAAGUAUUUGUCAGAGGAUUUCCAUGCCAACACUCCUGUUUUUCAGAGCUUCCUCAAUUACAUCCUCCUGUUUUUGGUCUACACCACUACACUAGCUGUCAGACAAGGAGAAGAAAACUUGUUGGCAAUUUUGAAACGGAGAUGGUGGAAGUACAUGAUCCUGGGGAUAAUAGAUAUAGAAGCCAAUUACCUGGUAGUCAAAGCUUACCAAUACACCACUCUUACUAGUGUACAGCUCCUAGAUUGUUUUGUUAUCCCAGUGGUGAUAUUACUGUCCUGGUUCUUCCUGCUGGUCCGAUACAAGGCAGUUCAUUUCAUUGGAAUUGUGGUCUGCAUUCUGGGCAUGGGCUGUAUGGCAGGAGCAGAUGUCCUUGUCGGGAGACAACAAGGAGCAGGUGAAAAUAAGCUGAUAGGGGAUCUCUUAGUACUAGGUGGAGCAACACUCUACGGCAUCUCCAAUGUUUGUGAGGAGUACAUUGUCCGAAACAUGAGUCGGGUGGAGUUCUUGGGCAUGAUUGGGCUGUUUGGCUCCUUCUUCAGUGGAAUUCAGCUUGCAAUAAUGGAACACAAGGAGUUAUUAAAAGUUCCCUGGGAUUGGCAAAUAGGGUUGCUGUAUGUUGGCUUUAGUGCCUGUAUGUUUGGCCUCUACAGCUUCAUGCCAGUGGUCAUUAAGAAAACCAGUGCUACUGCAGUCAACCUCUCCCUGCUCACAGCAGACCUGUACAGCCUAUUCUGUGGAUUAUUCCUCUUUAACUACAAGUUUUCAGGACUUUAUCUGCUGUCAUUCUUCACAAUCCUUGUUGGGCUGGUGCUGUACUCCUCCACCUCCACAUACGUAGCCCAGGAUCCACGGGUGUAUAAGCAGUUUCGAAACCCUUCAGGACCCGUUGUAGACUUGCCAGCAACCGGACAGCUGGAACCUUCAGUAACGUAUACCAGUCUAGGCCAGGAGACCGAAGAGGAGCCUCACGUCAGAGUUGCCUAAACCCAGGCACUUGUCUCCCACUGAUGAUUUCAGUGGAGUUUGUAUAUCCAUGGUCCCUGUAUUGUACAUAGAGAAAGGUAUUUACUGGGUACAGUUACACAGGUGAGCUUCAAGGUAGCAAUAGGGAAAGCUUGUAAAAGUUACAAACUAAUUGUCACUGGGUGUACAUUGCAAAGAGGUGCCAGUCCCUUAUUUAGGGUGUUAGCAGUAUGCUGGUCUCAACAGAAUGCUCUGUGUGAAUCGCUCACUAUCAAACGAUCUGUGAAGAUAUUCAAAAUACAAGCUGAAAUUACAUAGAAAUCAAAAGGGUAUUUUUGCACCUACUGUGUGAUACUUUGCCAAGGCCACACAGAGUUGUGGAAAAGCCACAUUUUUACAGCAAGUCCACUUGUACAGUCACUGUUAUUUUCUCUCUUUUUAAAAUGUGUUUGUUUUGCACAAAUAGGUGGGAUAUUUCUGGUGGCUACACCCUGAUGCAUUUUUGGUAGCACCUGUAUCUUUUGGGAGAAAGGAUUAGUGAGUUCAGCUGUACUAUCUAUCUGGUAGCCCACUUUAUAUGUAAUCUCUGCUAUGAGUGCAGGGGAGGGACAACUUACAAUAUCAGUCUCUAUUCUAGGAAUAGGUGUAAAAUGAGCAUUUUAGCCUUUCUAUAUUUACAGAAGUGAAUUAUUGAAGCAUUGACCUUUUUAUGUUUCAUGGAGGAUUUCCUGGUGGCUGAGGUUCUGCACCAGGUGACAGGGGAAUUACAUUUCUGUGGCUGUGUCUAACCUGCAGAAACAGAACAAAUUUCUUACUUUUAAAAUUAAAUCUGUAACUAAUUUUCAUUUUCUAUUUUCCUACAUAUUGUAGCUCUCAUUGGUAAUGAUAUAUCAGUCAGACCAAGGCACUUAUUUUCAAUGCUCAGUGCAUAUUCAGGAGCCUUCUACUAUUCCAGUUCUGUCAGUCCUGUGGUACAGGAGGCUUUGCGUUCCUUUUCCUAACCAUGCUAAUCUGGAAAUAUGUACAUUUUUCAUUAGAACCUUCUUGUUCCAUAAUCAUAAAUAUUAGUAUGAUAAUGCAAUGACCUCAUGAAUAUUAAGAAUAAGACUGACCCAUCUGCUGGUGGUACUGCAGCAGCAUGAUGGUAUUCAUGCCAGAGAGGUGUAGCCAAUUAUUUUUCAUUUAUCUACAAAAGUAAAAGAAUUUAGCAGUUUUCUGAUAUUCACCAGGGAAUGUGACAGUCCCUCUGAAAUAAGGAUGUGCUCUAAGCUGUACUUCUGCUGCAGGAAACUCAUCAGAAAUGUGGAGUAUUUAAAACACUUCUAUUGAAUCUGAAGCAGAACCCUGCACAUCUGUAGCCUGUCUUGAUUUUUUUUCCCUUUUAAGAGCACAGUGAAAGACAAAAGACAUUGCUUCAUACAUCCUCAGUCCAGUUGCCUCUUAAAAUUAAGGAAAGGAAGGAUAGUCUUGUGUUUAAAGAAUAGGAUAUAGAUUUAAGAGAACUCGGUUUAAUUCACAGAUCUGCCACAGACCUCUUGUGUGAUCUUAACCUCUGUGUGGCUUAGUUUCCUAAUCUGUAUAUACAGGGAUAGUAAUUCUUUACCUCCCUCACAGGAGGAUUGUGGGACUAAAUUUUUUUAAAGUGCUUUAAGAUCUUCAGAAAAAAGGAGCCGAGGAAGCAGGACAUAUUAUUAUAAUAGCUUUUAUAUAUUCAUUUUAUUGGAAAACAGGGUAUGCAGCCAGGUUGUGGUAAAUUGCUGCAUUUUCUGCUGGUGGGCAUAUGAAAUGUAUUUUAGUUGAAUUACAUUAUUCUGAAGAAGUCAGUUUUAAAUGAAAAUGUAGGGGUUUAUGUAAAAAAAAAUACAACUCACCUAUUUCUAUGAGAAAAAGAAACUGCACACUCUUGAGAUUGGAAAAGGCCAUGCAAAUCAACCAUGCAGGACGGAUUUCUGCUGAAGUAUUGUCUUAUAGUCCUGUUCUGCAAAGCUAUAAAAAGGACUUCUCUGAAGCAGCCGGAGGAAAGCUUGCAUACAAGUAUAAAAAUGGUGAUGUGCCAAUAUGCUAAUAAAUUAUUGACUAUUUGUUUAAUCUCAUUCUUCCUGUUGAUGAGGAAGAGAGACACAGUCCGUUGAAAAAGAGGGGAGUGUAAUAUUUUCAACCCCCCUCACACACACACACACAAAUGCUGGGUUCUUUUUAUUUUUUUACUUCUGGUUGGGAACUUUUAGUGGUCAUGUUUUCAAGCUUUCCCCUGCAACCAUUAGAGCUGAAAACUUAAACAAACAAACAAACAAACAAAAGCUGAGGUUUUCAUAUAACGUGACUCCAGGAUCUAGGGAUUUAAGAAAAACUGCAAAUAUUGUGAGAUUCACACUCUAAAAUUACAAGAGUUGGCAACACUGAGAUUUUUCACAUUCAUCCCUAUUUGUUGGACCUCUCCAUUCCCAGUUAAGACCUCAAAAUAGGUUUUAAGUGGGACUUAGGUGACCAGUCAAUUCACUCUUGUGCAGAGGGCCAGCACAAGCACAAAUCCUCAAAUCAGGGCUUAACUGGUGCAUAGGCUUUGUGUAGUCACUGUACAGUUCAAGCCCCUGCAGUAUGUUCUCGUCACAACUGUCAUUGUUCUCUCAGGUACCCUGAAGAGCAUUGGUGGGCACCUGUCAUCUCCCAGUCUUUUUGCUACCUUUUAUACCAAUUAAAUACCUUUCUCUGAGCAUUAUUCCCAUGUUAGUCUUGAGACCUUUGAAGACUGGGAGUGUAUGUGUGCAUGUUUGUUUCAUGUUUACAUUCCUUCAUUUUGCAUAAUUGUUUUGGUUUACUUCAUUCUUAGUAUUUAUUUUCUAAGCCAAAUGUCUGUAGUCUUUUUCUCUCCCUUCUCUCAUUUUUAUUACAAUAAUUUGUAGAUGUUUAAUAAAGUCUUACUAGGAACAACUGGAUCGAAGGCAUAUCCAGGUCAGCUCACUGACCCAGGAGUUUAUACAUAUAAGGGUUUGAAAUCAACUGAUGGCUAAGAGGUGCCAUCUGAGACAACUGUUAUCGGAUAUCUUAAAUGACUUAAUUGUAUGGAAAUAAAUUGCAACUGUUCACAUAUGCACUGUGCACUCAACAACCAUCCCAUGUGUUCUUGCACAUGAAGAGGUUCAUGUCACUGGGAUAACUUCGUAUGGGGUUGUUUUAUUAUUAUUUUUUAUUUUAGUUUUAUUUUGUUUAAUGGGCUCCAGCUAAAGAGGAUGUGUUGAAUAGUUCCAAUUUGCCAGUAAUGGAUGGAUCUCAAAGGAGAAUAGUCGUAUAGCUUUACAAAUACUCUGAAUGAAAGCUGAGGUCCAGCAGGGAAAACUUAUUAUUUCUAGAUGUUUCAUUUCCUGCAAUUCCAGAACUCAGUGGACACCGGCAAGGUUCAGCUAUCCAACGGGCAGCGACUCUACUGGUUGAAUUAGGACUUCACCCGCUUUGUGUGUAUCUUUUCCUUGGAAAAAACUGAACCUCUACUACCCAUUGGCGGUGAGUGGCCCUUAGCAAGGCUGAUGUGAUUUUCUGCUACUGGAUGGAGACCUGCACUGGGAGUCAGAACUUGUCUUUUUUUCCCAGCUAUAAACUUUUUAAAUACACAACAACAAUAGACAAAGCAAUUGAAAAUUUUGCACCAAUGUGUCAUAUGGAAAAGUUUCAAUGUAUAGUUUAGAUAUUGCUAACGUGUGCUAUUAACAUUUUGACAAGCGUGUUGUAUUGUUUUCUUUCCCUUUUAAAAAAAAUUAGUAUUCCCAAGCUAGCUACAAAUAUAAAUUUUACCCCAUGGGUAGGAUUUUAUUGUUAAAUGUCAUAAUUAAGCACACUAAUCUUGGCACUGCAAAUGGAAAUAUGAACCAAAACCAACCAAACAAAAACACUCCAACCCCAAACUCCUGCACCAAGCUGAACAAACUUUUCUCUGUUUUGAUAUUUGCAUGCUCCUAUAUGGACUGGCUUUGACAAUGU